AACGGGCGACCGGAGCUGAGCUCACCGCAGUGCAGCACCGACACCCGGGGAACCAGAGACCGAGGAGCGGCACAGCGGAACACACAGAGUUACCAGAGCUACCAGAGCACAGGAGUGAGGACACACGCCAUGCUGCUCACCCUGCUUUUCGUCUCCACUGCUGUGGCCACCCCUCUGCUGGGAACUGAGCAGUGUGCUCAUGGCCCCCCCUACUGGUGCAAAAAUGUCAAGACUGCCUCUCUUUGUGGCGCAGUCUUACACUGCCAACAAAAUGUGUGGAACCAGCCUCAGAUGAAAUCUGUGCCAUGUGACCUGUGCAAGGAGGUUUUAGUUGUGGUGGACCAGCUACUCAAGGACAAUUCCACUGAGGCUGAGAUUCUGGGCUACAUGGAGAAAACAUGUCAGCUGAUUCCAGAUGAAAACUUGGCUGCUGAAUGCAAGGAGCUGGUGGAUAAUUAUUACCCAAUUCUUAUGGGCAUCAUUAAAGGAGAGCUGGAGGAUCCCAGUGUAGUGUGUGGUGCCCUUGGCCUGUGUGUAUCCCAGGAGGAGGCUCUUGCCAAACUGCAGCUCCAGUUCAAUGAGAUUCCUAAAGUUGAUCUGAACCAGAGAAUCAGCCCCUUCCUGCUUAAUGUUCCUCAGCUCCUCUACCCCCAGGAGACUGACAAAAAAGAGGAGGAGUCUCCCAAAGAGGCCAGCGAUGAUGUGUGUGAGGACUGUGUGAAGUUUAUUGCGGCUGCUCAGGAAGAGGCCAAGCAGAACUCCACUUUUGUCAACUCUCUGAUUCAACAGAUUGAGGCUCAGUGUGACUUGCUGGGUCCUGGUCUCUCUGAUAUGUGUAAGCAGUAUGUGAGCCAGUAUGCUCCUCUCAUUGUUCAGCAGCUCAUGUCUAUGCAACCCAAAGACAUCUGCAGCCGUGCUGGCUUCUGUGACGGUACCCCCAAGUCUGUGCCCAUGCAGACUCUGGUGGCUGCAAAGACCAUCCCUGCUGUAAAGUCCCUUCCUGCCACCAAAGUGGUAGAAGCUACACCUCUUAAGCCUGCCAAGAAGAUGGUGCGUGCACGUGAGCCCCCUCAGUGUGCCAUCUGUGAGUAUGUGAUGAAGGAGCUGGAGGAUAUGAUCCAGGACCAGACCACUGAGGAGGAAGUGAUGCAGGCUGUGGAGAAAGUGUGCAACAUUCUGCCCUCCACUCUAACCGCUCAGUGUAAGGACCUAAUGGAGACCUAUGGUCAGGCAAUCAUUGAGCUGCUGGUGCAGGAAGCUGACCCCAAGACUAUCUGCACUGUUCUGGGACUGUGCAAGGGAGCCAGCCGUGCUUUCAUCCCGGUGAUGGAGAAGGCUGAUUUCCAGGCUGGUGGGUUCUGUGAUGUGUGCAAGAUGGCUGUGCGCUAUGUGGAUGGCAUUCUGGAGCAGAACGCUACUGAGGCUCAGAUUGAGGAGGCUGUGAGGAAAGUGUGCAACUUCCUGCCUGAUGAAUUCAAGACGCAGUGUGACCAGCUUGUUCAACAGUACGAGCCCCUGCUGAUCCAGCUGCUGCUCCAGACUCUUGACCCUGAUUUUGUCUGCAUGAAGUUGGGUGCAUGCCCUGAGGUGCUGAAGCAGCUGCUGGGGAUGGAACAGUGCAGCUGGGGUCCCACCUUCUGGUGCAAGAACCUGGAGACUGCCUCCCGUUGUAACGCGGUGGCUCACUGCAGACGUCAUGUUUGGAGUUAAAGGAGCAAGAGAGUCCAAACUAACUUGAGGAUCUAAAGGAGAAUUUCUGUAGCGCUGCUUUCCCUGUUUUUAAGACAAAAACCAGUCCUUCCCUGUUACUUUUACUUCUAAACAUUUUGAUGCAGAUUUGAAAUGAAGUGCUGCCAAAACUAAUAUGACUUUGUUUCAGGGCAGGUGGAAGGCUACUACUGAGGGGGGAGGUGUGUAAUUGAUAUAUGCAGGACAUCUGAUGAGUGGUGGGAGGGGUCUGAAUGACAAUGAAGCUGUAUCUUCCUUUAAACUGGAAUUUAACUUGGCUUCAUCUAACCCCCCCCUCAGACCAGUUUUAGUUCCUGCAAGAGUAUAUUUCUAUUAAAUGUGUAUAAAAGGGUAAAUGACGCAGGGGUGGGAUGGGUUUGUGCCUUGAUGGAGGAGAGAGGUCCAGUUUUAAUGGAGUUGAAAAGUGUAAAAUUUCUGCUUCUGUAGGCCAGUGGGCUGAUUUUGAAAGCUGUUGUUUUUUUAAUAAGUCAAGUUUCAGUUUCAUGUUGGUCCUAAUCGUAGUUACACUUAUUAGUUCAAUUGAGGGCAAGGGAAGUUCACAUGACUGUCUUGUUAACCCCACCUGCUUCGUAUUUUUUGGCUCUGCUGAUUGGCCCUCACUGCUUAUUGAUCAACAUUUUCUGUCUUAGCCAAACUGUCAUGAGCUUCACAGUCCGCUUCACUUUGUUAAUAUUGAGCCAUUUGUUGGGAUGUGCAAAAUUUGAACUGAAAUCAUCUGGUGUUUUCAUUUUAGUAAAAAUGUACAAUAAAACAAAUACCUGUUAA